UAACGAUUUUUGUCUGGCAGAGCAGUUUCUAUCUGGGAAGAAAUGUCUGAGUCGUCCUCGAGUGAGUGUGUGGAUCAGUUCAGCUGUUCAGUGUGUUUGGAUCCGCUGAAGGAGCCGGUGACGAUUCCCUGUGGACACAGUUACUGUAUGAGCUGUAUGACUGACUGCUGGAGCCUGAAGGAGCAGGGGCCACCGUACCGCUGUCCCCAAUGCAGAGAGAGCUUCAGUCAGAGACCUCUACUGAAGAAGAACACUCUGAUAGCUGAGAUGAUGGAGACGCUGCAGAAGACGGCCCUACAGACGCCCGAUGCUGCUGCUGCUGCAGUGGACUGUGAUGUUUGCACUACAGAGAAGAACAGAGCUGUAAAGUCCUGUCUGCAGUGCUUGGCCUCCUUCUGCCAAACUCACCUGCAGCUUCACUAUGAGUCUCCUGCGUUUAUGAAGCACAAGUUAGUGGACGCCUCCAGACACAUUCAGGAGAACAUCUGCCCCAGUCAUGGGAAACCGCUGGAGAUUUACUGUCAAGAUGAUCAUCAGUGCAUUUGUUACCUGUGCAUGGUUGACAGUCAUAAGAACCACAGUGUGGGGUCUGUGGAUUCAGAAUGGACUAAUAAGAAGAAAAAGUUAAAGGAGAUGAAGGUGAAGUGUCUAAAGCUGAUCGAGGAGCGAGAGAGAGGUCAACAGGAACUCAGUGAAGUUGUCAAGACUCUUAAAGUGAGUAUCAAGAUAUUUUAAAAUAUUCCAAUGUAGGCCUGCAUUGAAAAAUCAU